AUGCCAAACACCUCGCUUCGGAGGCCACAGAAGGGCUAUCGCCGUGGUGGAAAAGUCGCCUACCAUGGCAUCCGAACACGGACCUUCGCUGCCUCGUCGAGCGCACGGGGCGAGGCGACUUCGAUAGACGAAAAAUGGGAGCGAACGGCCCUCGCCCACCAGAUCGACGAGACCAUGGGUUUUGGCCGCUACGACGCCGGCAAGAAGCGCGAAGGCUGGCUCGUCAACGUGCAGCCGACCUCAAUUGACGACCCUCGAGUGCCCGGUGGCGGCGGCAGGUCCGCUCUCGACUGCUACUUCAUUGAGGAGGACGGAUCGACCUUCAAGGCGACACUCGAAUACGAACCUUACUUCCUGGUCGCCUGUCGCAAGGGCCACGAAGGCGAGGUGGAAGAAUGGUGCAAGAGAGUUCCUGGUGGCGGCGUGGUCAAGUCGAUGAGGCGUGUGGAGAAGGAGGAUCUGAAGAUGCCCAACCACCUGCUCGGCUAUCGGCGGACAUUUCUCGAGCUGAGGUUCCACAAUGUUCAAGAUCUGCUGGCAGCAAGGAGAGACAUCAUGCCGAUAGCCGAGAAGAAUAAAAAGGGCAUGGACGCCAUGGAUACAUACGCCGAGGUCGCAACGGCCAACGGCAAUCUUGAUCUAUUUGAUGACGAUUCACGAAUUGAUGAGCGACGACAUAAUGCAUCCUUUGCGGAAGCGAGCGAUUACAUUGUUGACAUCCGGGAAUACGACGUCCCGUACCACGUUAGAGUUAUGAUAGAUUUGGCUGACCCCGGGGCAGAUAUUCGUGUUGGUAAUUGGUAUUUUGUUGAAGCCAAGAAUGGGGCUACGACGGUCAUACGCAACGCAGAGCGACUGGCGCCUGCCGAUCCCGUUGUCAUGGCGUUCGAUAUCGAGACGUGCAAAGCCCCGCUGAAGUUCCCCGAUGCUGCCGUGGAUCAGAUCAUGAUGGUGUCGUACAUGAUAGAUGGCCAGGGGUUCUUAAUCACUAACCGCGAGAUCGUCUCCGAAGACAUUGCCGACUUUGACUACAAUCCUAAACCGGAAUACCCCGGCCCGUUUAUGAUCUUCAACGAGCCCGACGAGAAAGCCCUCCUCGAGCGUUUCUUUCUCCAUAUCAAGGAGGCCCGCCCUACUGUCAUUGCCACCUACAACGGCGACUUUUUCGACUGGCCCUUUGUUGAGGCGCGUGCCAGUGUCAACGGCAUCGACAUGUACCACGAAAUCGGGUGGAAAAAGGACACCGAGGACCAGUACAAGAGCAACUACAGCGUUCAUAUGGACUGCUUCCACUGGGUCAACCGUGACAGUUACCUUCCGCAGGGCAGUCGAGGUCUCAAGGCCGUGACCGUCGCCAAGCUCGGGUACGAUCCCGAUGAACUCGAUCCUGAGCUCAUGACGCCAUACGCAAGUGAACGCCCGCAGACGCUUGCCGAAUACUCGGUUUCCGAUGCCGUUGCCACCUACUAUCUGUACAUGAAAUACGUCCACCCGUUUAUCUUUUCUCUGUGCACGAUUCUGCCUCUGGGUCCUGACGACACAUUGCGAAAAGGCACAGGCACCUUGUGCGAAAUGCUCCUGAUGGUGCAGGCCUACCAGAAGGACAUUGUGUUGCCAAACAAACAUGUCUCUCCAAGAGAGUCAUUCUGGGAAGGGCACCUCCUGGAUUCAGAGACCUACGUCGGUGGCCACGUCGAGAGUAUCGAGGCGGGUGUGUUCCGGUCUGAUAUUCCGGUGAAUUUUGCCAUCGACCCCGGGGCCGUGAACGAGUUGCUACGCGACCUGGACGCAGCUUUGACCUUCAGCAUCACCGUCGAAGAGAAGAAAUCGAUGGAUGACGUUACUAACUACGACGAGGUCAAAAAGCAGAUUACUGACAAACUGCUAAACCUCAGAGACACGCCCAACCGCAGCGAGCGCCCUCUGAUCUAUCAUCUUGACGUUGCAUCCAUGUACCCCAACAUCAUGACAACGAACCGGCUUCAACCAGACUCGAUGAUCUCCGAAUCCGACUGCGCGGCAUGCGACUUCAACCGUCCAGGGAAGACGUGCGACAGGAGACUGCCCUGGGCCUGGAGAGGGGAGUACUUGCCCGCAAAACGUGACGAGUACAACAUGAUCAGACACGCCCUGGAGAAUGAAAAGUUUCCGGGCAAGGGCGUCAACAGUGUGAUGCGCUCAUUUCAAGAGCUGAGUUUGGAUGAGCAGGCCAGCAUAACCAAGAAAAGACUCCAGCUCUAUUCGCAGAAAGUCUACCACAAGAUCCAUGAAUCGACCACCAUCAUCCGAGAAGCCAUCAUCUGCCAGCGCGAAAACCCCUUUUACAUCAACACUGUGCGCGAUUUCCGAGACAGGCGCUACGAUUACAAGGGCAAAGCCAAGGUCUGGAAAGGCAAGACGGAAGCUCUGAAGAGCUCAGGUGCUCCCGCCUCGGAAAUCGAGAACGCCAAGAAGAUGAUUGUGCUCUUCGACUCGCUGCAGCUAGCCCACAAAGUUAUUCUGAACUCUUUUUACGGCUACGUCAUGCGGAAGGGGUCACGGUGGUAUUCCAUGGAAAUGGCUGGUGUGACUUGCCUCACGGGCGCGACAAUCAUCCAGCUUGCCAGAUCACUAGUCGAGCGGCUUGGCCGUCCCCUUGAACUGGAUACGGAUGGUAUUUGGUGCAUGCUACCGGCGACAUUCCCAGAGAACUUUGCCUUCAAGCUCAAAAACGGCAAGAAACUGGCCGUCUCAUACCCCUGUGUCAUGUUAAACCACCUGGUGCAUGCCAAAUUCACCAACCACCAGUACCAGACCUUGGUCGACCCCAAGACGUUCAAGUAUGAAACGCACAGCGACAACUCCAUCUUUUUCGAAGUUGACGGCCCCUACAAGGCCAUGAUCCUGCCAACAUCAAAGGAGGAGGACAAGAACCUAAAGAAGAGGUAUGCCGUCUUCAACGAUGACGGUAGUCUCGCAGAAUUGAAGGGGUUCGAAGUCAAGCGAAGAGGUGAACUUAAGCUCAUCAAGAUCUUUCAACAGCAGAUUUUCAAAUUCUUCUUGGAGGGCACGACUCUGGCCGAGUGCUAUGGUGCUGUGGCCAACGUCGCCAACAAAUGGCUGGACGUGCUGCACAACAAGGGUUCGACCCUCGCCGACGAGGAACUCAUGGACCUCAUUUCUGAGAACCGCAGCAUGACCAAGACGCUCGAAGAGUACGGUGGUCAGAAGUCGACCUCUAUCACCACUGCCAAGCGUCUGGCCGAUUUCCUCGGCGAAGGGAUGGUCAAAGACAAAGGUUUGAACUGCAAGUUCAUCAUCUGCUCCAGGCCCAAAAACGCCCCGGUCACCGAGAGGGCCGUUCCCGUCGCCAUCUUCUCUGCAGAAGAGGAGACGAAACGCAUGUACCUGAAGAAAUGGCUGAAAGAGGAACCGGCGGACACAGAUCCGAGAGCGCUUCUCGACUGGGACUACUACCUCGAGCGCCUGGGGUCGGUGAUCCAGAAACUUAUCACAAUCCCCGCUGCACUGCAAAAGGUGCGCAACCCAGUGCCGCGUGUGCCGCAUCCAGACUGGUUACAGCGGCGGAUAAACAUCAAAGACGACAAGAUGAAGCAAAAGAAGCUUACGGACCUCUUCGGGGCAACAACGAAGGGUGGCCCGUUGGAGGAGAUCAUUCACAGCAACACCAGCACUCGGCUGGGUGAUUUGGAGGACAUCGGACAACUGCUGAAACCAAAAACCGUCAGCUCUGCUGUCUCCGCCUCUCAGAAAACGCCAGCAGCUCAGAAACGCAAGUCGCCGGAUCCCGCGAACGAGAACCAUGAUCCCUUCGCUUCCCUCCCAAAGAAGAUGCCGUCCCCAAGUGAAGACUAUCCAGCUUUCUUGGAGUACCAGAAGCAGAAGUGGAAACUGCAGAAACAGGCACGAGCACGCCGGCGUCAUCUCUUUGGUGAUCGACGAGGAAACAUUCAGAGCAAUCUCCAGCAGACAUUCCGGAACCAGGCCGAGAUGACCUUCAGAAACACCUGGCAGGUGCUUCAGCUCAAAGCUACGGACAGCCCGGGAAUCGUCCUUGCAUAUGUGCUCAUCGACGCGAAGAUCCACGCCGUCAAGAUUAACGUACCACGCCAAGUCUUCCUCAACCUGAAAAGCCGAGAUCUUCCCGACAUUGAGAUUGAUGGCUGCCACGUGGAGCAGGUCAACCACACCCUUCCAAAUGGACAUUCAUCAGUGCACUUGUUUAAGCUUACUGUGCCGGAGCAAGUAUACUUUGCGGAGGCAGAGAAGUUCUCCUUGCUCUUCAACCAUCCCAGCGUCGAAGGGGUGUAUGAGAAGCAGGUUCCGCUCAAUCUUCGAGCCAUUCUACAGCUCGGUAACCGGUGCACGAUCGACCAAACCCAGCCCGGCGUACUCGGCAGAGGACUUGACCACGGCUUUGACUUGGCCAGCCUUACCAAGCCCGCAAAGCCCGGGUCGUAUCUUGAAGGAACUCGCAUGGCCUACAUCUACCUCUCUCAUAUCAGUGCCGGAGAGCGCCAAAUCUUUGGGAUCUUCUCAACCACAGGCGACCAGGCUCACAUUAUCAUUCAGCAGAAGCACAAAGAUGGUGGCCAGGAUUUGCCAAACGUCUCUAAACUGUACUCGGAUUUCUUUGCCCAAAGGAGCAAAGAGGAGCCCGCGGACUCUACCUGGCAGGAGUGCUUCCCAUACCAAGAGAAGCUGAACUUCAAGAUCACCCAGGUUACGACGCGCCGCAAGGCGUUCCUCGAGGUCGGAGACGUUGUCAAGAAAAUGAGGAAAGAAGAAUCUGGCCCGACCAUGAUGGUAAUCCAGUCAUCACAGCGCAAUCUCCUUGUGCACGACAUACCAAUCUUGGGCGAAUUUCCAGUUAUGCCACUCCGGUACGACCAGGCCGACAGUUCUCUGCCACCCCUUUCGUGGCAGACCGUGGCUGCUCGACGAUUGCUUAAUCACUACCUGAGCUUGAGCUCAUGGAUCACCCACCUCACUGCCCUGGCCAGAUAUGGCGAUGUCCCGCUGUGCAACCUGGAACGUGACGAUCCUCGGUUUUUAAUCGACGUGGCCUACGCUCGACGCUUGCAGGCCAACAAUGUCGUUCUCUGGUGGUCGCCCAGUCCACGUCCCGACCACGCAGGGUACGAGAAGGAUGAUGUGAUAGGUCCGCUCGACCAAGUCCAGAUGCCGUCCGUUAACAACCCCGGCACCUACGCUUCUGUCUGCAUCGAACUCGAGGUCCGGAACCUUGCGAUCAAUACCAUCUUGACAUCUUCCCUCAUCAACGAGCUGGAAGGUGCGGAUAGCAUAUCUUUCAACCCGGCAGCCGACGGGGCAUCGGAUGAGGACGAGGUCCUGUACUCGGAGAACGCAUUUGCCAAUGCCGGAGUACAAGUCCUUCGGGAAAUGGUCAAGGCUUGGUGGGCUGAGGCUUGCAAGGGAUCGACGAUGGCCGACAUCAUGGUGCAACACCUCGUACGCUGGGUCGAGUCUCCUGCUUCAUGUCUGUAUGAUCGGGCACUGCACUACUACGUGCAGAUGAUGAGCCGCAAAGCCCUCCUCCAACUCAUGGCGGACUUCCGCCGCGUCGGAUCACAGGUGAUCUACGCCAGCGCUAACCGCCUGCUCCUGCAGACGACCAAGUCCGAAGUUGGAAACGCUUAUGCCUAUGCGCAGUACAUCCUCAAGAGCAUCAAGGGGAAGCCGCUCUUUCACUUCAUCGAUCUCGAUAUCAAAGAGUACUGGGACUACCUCGUAUGGUACGACGAAUUCAACUACGGUGGCAAAGCCUGUCAAGAAGUCGUCGACAGGGACGAGCAAGACCUCCAGCUGAUCAUGCACUGGCAAAUGACAACGUUCCUCCCCAUCCGGCUACAGCCAGUCUUCCGAGACUGGGUGGUUGAGUUCAUCGAACUCAUGCACGGCAUCAAGCGGCCAGCAACAGGUAGCGAUCCCACAGCAACACCUCGCCUGACCCAGCUCCCCAUCCGGAACGGCAACGCCAGCCUGGCUGAAGAUGCCCCAGGCCAAAUCAUCCUAGGCAAGGUUUAUGAGAAGCCUUUAAAGAAGGAAAUCGCCAACCUCAUCAACACACAGAAGCGCGAACUCCUCCACCCGGAAUUGGCAGGCGACUACACCUUCCCAUCCUUGCCCGGCUCCCAUCUCGCGCACCUGACUCCACAUUCAGCCGACCACCGCAAUGCCAACCGCAAUCCCACCAGUGCCCGCGCGUCGGCCAACCCCGUCCUGGAACUGGUCAAAUCCCUGAUGCAAGUACUCUCCCUCGACAAGAAUAUCACGCUAGAAGCCCGCCUGUUGCGCAAGGAACUGCUCGCCCUGUUCGACGUGCGCGAGUUCAGCACCGAGGGCACCUUCCAGAACCCGUCCGAGAGCCUGCGCAUCGCCCAGCUGAGCUGCGACAACUGCACCAUGGUGCGGGACCUCGACCUCUGCCGCGACGAGGACCUCUUGCCCGCCAACAGCAAUCAUACCGCCGACAACACCACCACCACCGCCAACGGAGAGACUGGUGGUGGCGGCGCUGCCAAUUCGGGGUGGAGCUGGAAAUGCCUCUACUGCGAGGCCGAGUACGACCGGAACGAAGUCGAGGAGCGCCUGCUCGCGUCCGUCGAGGCGUUCGUGGCCGAGUGGGCCACCCAGGACCUCAAGUGCGCGCGCUGCGGCGCGCUGCGGGUCAAUGAAUUCAUGGAGCACUGCACGUGUAGCGGGGAGUGGGUGGAGAGCGUCCAGAGGGGGGAGGUGGUGAGACGGUUGGGCGUGUACAGGAAUGUGGCGAGGUUUUACGGGCUGAAGAUGCUUGGUGAUGUGGUGGAGGGGGUGUUUGAGCAGUUGUGA